AGCAAAAGCGGGGCCGGGCGGAGGCGCGAGGCAGUGGGUGAGCAGCGCCGCGCCCGUCCCGCGCCGCGAGCAGGGAAGGAGACACCGGGGCGUGGGCGGUUUUGGCGAGGCAAGGCGCGGAGCUCCCUUGCCCUUGCCCUUGCCCUUGCCCUUAGGAGAGGAGCGCAGGCGGCAGCAUGGGCGUGUCCGCCUCCAGCCCGCUGGACGAGAGCAAGUGCACCUACAUCCGAGGGAAAACUGAAGCUGUAAUCAAAAACUUCAGCCCGCACUACAAGCGCCAGUAUUCUGUGGCUUUCUGUAAGCACAUACAAAAUGAACUGGAAGAACACCGAGACUCCCAGUCUCAUUUCCUAAAAAUCAAGCCCCCUGCAGAACCUGGGAUGAUCUUGUAUGAGGCAGAGAUCCUGCAUUUUGCUGAAGAUCUGAAGAGAUGGAAGGAUAGAUACAUCGUGGUGAAAAACGACUAUGCAGUGGAGUGCUUUGAGAACAAAGAGGCCUACCAGAAGGGAGCCAGCCCUAAAUAUUGCAUUCUUCCUGUAGGAGGCAAAGUAUUGACCUCAGAAGAAGAUUACAAUUUACUGUCUGAAAAACAUUUUCCAGAUCCUCUUGCUUCUAAUGAGAAGGAGCCUCCCUUUGUUCAGCUGCCAAAAGAGUUUCCAGUUUUCCUGUGGCAGGCCUAUCUCAGACACAGCUACUACUGUUUUGAGGAUCCAGAUGCUCAGAAACAAUUCAGUGCAGUAUUGAAUGACUGUGUCAGACACUUAAACCAUGGUAAGCACAACUAG